UUAAAAUGCCGCGGUGGCGGUGACGCUAAUAUCAAGCUACUGACAUCUGGGCCGUCCCCCCCCCCCUUUUGACUGCUAAAAAAGCAGAGCCAUUUAUUUCUUCAAAAGUCCAAACCAAAAUGCUUUUAUUCGCACCUACCAAGCUCGGAGCUCCCCCGCAGGACGACGAUCCGCGUCCUUUUCCUGAAAAGGGAAGACCUGACGCGCAAUCUUAAAGCGUGCCUCUGCCAAAAACAGUAAAUGCUAUGCCCCCGACGGUAAUUCGCCAGUUCACCUGAAUUACUGAAAUCUCCUCCGACUAGCGCUUAGCACUGAUCAGGAAGGGUAAAAUGGUCAAAUGCUUCAAGUAAAAAAAAAAAGUUACUCUUUGCUAGAUUAACCAAUCUGACAACAGAGAAAGGUGUCGCUGGUGCUGGAACCUGAGAAUGUCUACGUGGAUUACAACGCUGUCCCUUCCUUCUGAAGCAAAUAACACUAAUAUGGCCACCACAGAAGGAUAAUACCGUCAUUUAACCAACUGAGUAGGUAAAAGGAACUUAGUUAAUCAAACUAAAUGAAUAGAGAAAUAAAUAAAAACGUCCUUCCUUCUAUCUCAGUCUCUUCUCCCACCCUGCGCUCACUGGAAAGCCACUCGGGCCCUUUUCCCGGAAAAUGCCGCCAGCGCCGGGGAAUGACGUCCGGCGUCGCUCCGUUUUUACGUUGCUCGUUAUCAUCGUCUCGCUUCAUCCCGUGGUCGGCUUCAACGUGACCACAUUCCUAUCGUCCAUCCCGGAGCUCUCCUCCUUCAACCACCUCCUCUCCGCCACCGGAGUUGCCGACGACCUGGCACAGCGAUCGUCCCUCACGAUCCUCGCCGUGCCGAACCACAUAUUCGACCCCUUCCUUGCUUCCUCUCCUCUCGGCAGCCUACCUUCCUCCCAAAUCUCCGACGUCCUCCGUUACCACAUCCUCCUUCAGUAUCUCGACUGGCCCGCACUCCGCCAGAUCCCGGCCGCCGGGAAGCUUGUCACCACGCUUUUCCAGACGACCGGCCGCGCCGUCGCGAACCUCGGGGCCGUGAACCUCACCCGCGAUCCGCUCACCGGCAACGUCGCCCUUCGCCCGCCUGGGCCAUCCGGGCCCUCGAACGCCACCGUCGUCUCGCUCGUCCGCGCCCUCCCGUACGUCGCAGCGGUCUUUACCGUCGACGGCCUGCUCGUUCCGGCGGGAUUCGACCCGUCGGCAUCGGUGAGUGGCCCGCCGGUGCCGAUCAACAUCACGAGAGUGCUGAUCGACGCGAAGGACUUCAACGUCGUCGGGUCGAUGCUGGCGGCUUCCGGGGUGACGGCCGAGAUCGAGUCCGACGAGCGGGGCGCGGGGAUCACGGCCUUCCUCCCGACGGACGAAGCCUUCGCCUCUCUGUCCGGCCGGCGGAUCCAGAGCCUAUCGGCCGACCAGAAGGCCGUCGUCCUCAAGUACCACGCGCUCCACUCGUAUUACCCCCUCGGCUCCCUGCAGUCGAUCGUGAACCCCGUGCAGCCGACUCUGGCGACGGAGGAGCAGGGCGCCGGCAGCUUCACGCUCAACAUCGCGAGGGCGAACGGCUCUCUCUCCAUCAACACGGGGAUCGCAGCCGCAUCGAUCACUCAGACGGUCUUCGACCAGAACCCCGUCGCAAUCUUCGGCAUCUCUGCGGUGCUGCUGCCAAGGGAGAUCUUCGGCCCCGAGAGAAUCGACCAGACAGGGGGGGACGGUCCCCAGCCUGAGAGCUCGCCGGCCCCUGAACUCUCCGCCGAUUCGCCGGAUUCCGGGAUUCCUCCGUCGAGUGCGGCGCCUCCGCCGGGGAGCGGCGUGAGCGGGGGGAGCGGUAGCGGUGGCGGUGGAGAAGGAAGGGGUCUCCGGCUUGCGGGGAUUUUGGGGGUUUUAGGUUUUUGUUGGGUCGGCAUGUAAAGAAAUGUCUUUUCUCUUUUCUUUUUGCCCUGUCUUUAUUUUCCUUCCUUUGUUUAUAAUUUCUGAUACGUGCUGCAGAAACAGCAAAGUUUUUAGGACUGUUGUCGAGCGGAAAGAUUGUUGUGUCAGAAAAUUUUAGAAGAAAAAGUGGGAAUUUUUCUCACAUGCAAACA